AGUGACACACAUUAGCAUCAUCACACAGGAGAAGAAGAAGAGAAGAAGAACGAGGAAAGAAGAGGAAGAAGAAGAAGUGACAGGACAGGAAAAAGUGCUGAUGGUAGAAGUGUGAUGGUGCACCCUGCAGGACCUGAGAGUCACUCCCCAUCUCUACCUCGUUUCCUUCUUCCUCUCUGCCCUGUCUCCUUAUCCAUUCACUGACCCUGUCCCCUCCUCCUUCACCCUCCUCUCCCUCGCUCACAUGCAGUCGCUCGCUCUCUCUCUGCACAGUCAGACCAGGGAGAGGAUCGCGCCUGGGUUGCAGCUCCUUCUCUCUCUCUCUAGCGCUCAUCCCUCUGGUCUCUCUCCGGCUCUUCUGAUUGUCAUUCUGCAGCUGAUACCCCCCGUUAGAAAAUUCCCCGAGCUCAGCAUCAGAGGCAGGACACAGAAGAAGACAAGACCAGUGAGGGAAUAAAUUGGGGAUCCCUCAAAGAACUGAGGAGUCUUUGUUCUUUUCCUGCUUUUGAUGAUUGACCUGCUCCACUGCCUCUUUUACGCAGAAAGACUUAAAAUGGAAGACUUGAUGUGAGAAGAAGAAGAAGAAGAAGAAGAAAAAAAAAACAAAACUGUCCGACAGCUUUUGCAGCAACAAAGUGAUGCAGAGACAGAGCACUUUUAAGAAGAUCUAAGCCUAUCCUGGAGAAAACAACUUCAACUUAAACAGGGGAACCUUACUAAAGUCUUUACAUAGACAUAGAGAAGAAAUCCACGCUUUUUGAGACUUCGGGAUUCCCUUCCACUUUCUACUUCCACUCCUCCUCUAUCCCACCUGUAUUUCUCCUCAGCAUCUCGGGCUCAGUUCCCUCACCUGACGUUCAGACAUGCAGGUGUCCAUCGCCUGUACGGACCACAACCUGAAGAGGGGGAAUGGGGACCACAGCAAGCAGAGUGCCACCAGCCCCAAUGUGGUCAACCAGGCCAGGGCCAAGUUCCGCACCGUGGCCAUCAUCGCCCGCAGCUUCGGCUCAUUCACUCCACGCCACAUCUCACUCAAGGAGUCCACUGGGAAACACACAGGCAUGAAAUAUAGGAACCUCGGAAAGUCAGGACUCAGAGUAUCUUGCUUAGGACUGGGAACAUGGGUGACGUUUGGUGGACAGAUAACCGAUGAGGUUGCGGAGCAGCUAAUGACGAUCGCCUACGAGAGUGGAGUCAACCUGUUCGACACAGCUGAGGUCUACGCCGGUGGCAGGGCUGAAAUCAUUCUAGGAAACAUUAUCAAGAAGAAGUGCUGGAGGCGAUCCAGCCUUGUCAUUACAACCAAACUCUACUGGGGAGGAAAAGCAGAGACAGAGAGAGGCCUGUCAAGGAAACACAUUAUUGAAGGCUUAAAGGGCUCUCUACAGCGGAUGCAGAUGGAGUACGUAGAUGUGGUUUUCGCCAACCGCCCGGACAGCAAUACUCCCAUGGAGGAAAUUGUUCGAGCCAUGACCUAUGUGAUCAACCAGGGUAUGGCAAUGUACUGGGGGACGUCACGGUGGACGGCCAUGGAAAUCAUGGAAGCAUACUCGGUGGCAAGACAGUUUAAUCUGAUCCCUCCGGUGUGUGAGCAGGCAGAGUAUCAUCUCUUCCAGAGGGAGAAAGUAGAAGUGCAAUUGCCUGAACUUUACCAUAAGAUAGGAGUUGGAGCGAUGACGUGGUCACCGCUGGCGUGCGGCAUCAUCACAGGAAAAUAUGAAAAUGGCAUACCUGAAUCAUCCAGGGCCUCAAUGAAGUCGUACCAAUGGCUGAAGGAGAAAAUAGUGAGUGAAGAUGGAAGGAAGCAGCAGGCCAAGCUGAAAGAACUCAACCACAUCGCAGAGAAGCUGGGCUGCACCCUGCCUCAACUGGCUGUGGCAUGGUGUUUACGAAACGAAGGGGUGAGCUCAGUCCUCCUGGGAACAUCCAAUCCAGAGCAGCUCACAGAGAACCUGGGGGCCAUACAGGUCCUUCCUAAGAUGACCUCUCACAUCGUGUCUGAAAUUGACCACAUCCUGGGUAACAGACCGUACAGUAAGAAGGACUACCGUUCUUAGACCAGGCUGGUGGACUGUCCUGAGGUCAGCUGUACCUACCUACUUACCACACUGCUACCAUGGACCCACCGUUCAAUGUUCAAGUCCAUGGUUCUCUCUUUGGGCCCCACACAGCUCCAGCUCCAGCCCACUUCAGCCUGGAACAGAUAGCCUUGCUAAACCCUAAAUCGCAUAACCUCGUCUGUUUGAGACGUGUCCCGCUCAGAUCAGCUCUACCAGGUUCAUCUCAGGUCCAGACCAGCUCAGCCAAGAAGCGCUUAACAAACGCAGCUUUUUUCAGCCAGCUUAAUCUGAGUCUCACUACACUGUUAAGCACCCGUCCAUUCAGAUAACUAUGCACAGCUUAGCCUACCCAGCAUUCAGAUCCUGUGCCAUGCUGACACCAUGUGGAGACCACCAUGCAUCUGUGUAGUUUAUCUCCAUUCAGGGGCCUCAUCUGUGUAUGAAAUUAACAAAAAUGAGCAUCAGUUAAUUGACUCUACAUAUUUCCUGCUAUUCUAAUGUCCCAGCCACAACCACAAACAAUUUCUUUGAGCACAAAAUCCAUAAUGAGCAUAUCCAUGAAACUGACUGUAAAACAUCUGUUCAAGCACCUUAGACUCAUAAAUCAGAGGUUCCUCAGGAAAGUGGACAUGACGAUGCCUCAGUUCCAUAAACACCUUGAGUUGGUCAGUCAGUGCUUUGAUUCGUUUCCUAUGCAGAUAUAAAAAAAAAAAGAAUCUUGGGUAUGUUUUGGCAUUUACCA